GUCGAUCCGGGAGCCGGAUGGCGCGGAGGUGCGCUUCGAUCGGGUGCUGUGCGACGUGAUGUGUUCCAGCGACGGCACCUUGCGGAAGGCCCCCCACCUGUGGCGGGAGUGGAGCGCCAAGACCGCCCUGGAGCUGCACGCGGACCAGCUGGCCGUGGCGCUCCGCGGCGCGCGGCUGCUGCGCAUCGGAGGGCGCAUGGUCUACAGCACCUGCAGCAUGUCGCCCGUGGAGAAUGAGGCGGUGGUCGCCGAGAUCCUUCGCCGCGCGGGCGGGGCACUGCAGCUCGUCGACGCGCGGGGGCGCGUGGCGCCGCUGCGCACCUGCGAGGGCCUGCGGUGGUGGCACGUCACGCACCCGGGCGACCGCUCGCCCUAUGCCAGCUACGAGGCCGCGGUGCAGGGCGGCGGUCUCCACAGGCUGCUUUGCCCAGGCAACUUCCCGCCGGCGGAAGGCUCCAAGGAGGGCGAGGCCCUGAGCAGAUGUGUGCGUGUGCUGCCCCAUCACAACGACACGAGCGGCUUCUUCAUCGCCGUGUUCGACAAGGUGUGCGACCUCAGGCCACCGCAGCCCGCGGACGGGUCGGACGAGCGGGAUGGCUCCGGCUACGACAGCGGCGCCGACGAGGACGGCGAGGAGCUGCAGCGGCGGGAGCAGCUGCGAAGGCUCGAGGCCGCGAUCGCCGCUGGGCGGAGCGAGCAGGAGCGGGCCAAGGCGCUCUCGAGGCGGGAGCGCGUGAGGAAGUCGGGCUCCCUGGCGCGGGAGCUCUGUCGGUACAGGAACGCGGCCGAUGACAUGCCCGACGCUGUGGAGCGGCUGAGCACCUUCUACGGGCUGCAUGUCCAGUUCCCCAGGAGGCUGCUCUUCAGGCGCUACCAGCUGGACCUGGACGCAGAGGGUGAGCUGGUGCAGGCCCACCAUGGCGAUGCCCACCAGCUGGUCCUCUUCGCCGCGGGCGCCGCGCGCGUGCUUGCGGCCGGCACCGGCGACCACGCUCGCCGGA